AGGGCUUGCGACGAAGAUGUUGAUAGGAUCGCGGAGAUGCGCGUUCGCUCAUUCCCACGUUUGUUUGCCGAGUACAUAGAUGCACAGCCAGGCGAAAGAUAAGAAUUGCAGAUUCGAUUCGUUCGAGUUCGUUAAGUAGUUGCUUUACGAUCAGUAUAAAUUCAACGAAGGGUCGGACCUUCGGUAGUAAAGGGGACAUCGAUCGCGAGGACAGUAUUCUCUGUAUAAACGCGUGGUCAACAAAAUCGACACCGUUUUCGCACCCUUGACUCACUUGAUUACGCUUCGAUGAUAAAUACGUAAGAAACCGAAUACGUUGCAUCCGUUAUCCGAUCCGAAUUAAUCUUGGGACUGUGGGCGUCGAUUGUUUGGAGAAAAAAAACAAGGAAAGAUCAUGACGAAGGGGACGAAAGUUGGGGGCCCAGGAAAAUUUCGACAGUUUGUCGUCGCACUUGCCCCGAAUAUUUUGUGUUUGUCGUACGGGCUGUCGAUAGGAUGGCAGUCGCCGAUGACACCGUUGUUGCAAAGCACGGAUUCCCCGGCGGUUAGCGAGCCGAUGACGGACGACGAGGUGUCCUGGUUGACCGCGAUCAUGUGCUUGACGGGUGCUAUCGUCAGUUUGGUCAUCGGCGCGAUAGCGGAGAGGUGCGGUCGCAAACUGGCCUGUUGCAUGGCGGCUCUGCCGUUCUCCGUCUGUUGGAUGUUGAUUAUUUUCGCGAGCGAGCACAUGCACGUGUUCGUCUCGCGUUUCUUCGCGGGGCUCGGCGGCUCGAUGUCUCUGUACGUGGUGCCGCGCUACGUUUCCGAGAUCUCCAGCGACGACAUACGCGGCAUGCUCAGCAGCCUGCUGGUCUUGCUCCUGAACGGCGGCAUCUUGCUAGGAUACAUCCUCGGCGCUUUCUUCUCGUUUCGCGUCUUCGCUAUCAUCGCCUUCGCGAUAGCGUUGUUGUACUUCGUGUUCGUUCUCUUCCUACCGGAGUCACCCGUGUACCUGGUGCAACGUAACCGGCUCCCCGAAGCCGCGAGAUCCCUAAGGUCGUUGAGGGCCGGCCACGAGCCGACAGUGCAGCGGGAGCUAUCGCGUCUCCAGGCGGAGGUAAAGGAACUGUACGUAUCAGGAAAAUCGAUCGGUCUAUCGGACCUGGUUCGAGACAAAGCAACUGUCAAAGGACUGAUCAUUACGCUGGGCCUGUUCUCUGCACAACAGUUCUGCGGAAUAUUUGCCAUGAUAAGUUACACGGAGGCGAUAUUCAGGAUGUCGGGAAGCUCGUUGUCCCCGAACACCUCUACGAUUAUCGUGGGCGCCAUACAACUGUUCGGCUCGUACUUGUCCACCUCGUUGAUGGAACGACUCGGUAGAAGACCUUUACUUCUGAUGUCUUCCUCGGGGAUGUGUGCCUGUCACUACAUCCUCGGUGUCUUCUGCUACCUGCAGACACUCAAUUACGACAUCAGUAGUUUCACUUGGAUCCCAAUCGUGACGUUGUCCGUCUACAUGAUCCUUUACAGCUUGGGUUUGGGUCCUGGCCCGUACGUGGUGUCUUCGGAGAUACUCAGUCGGGACGUGUCCACUUUGAUCUUGUCAAUGGGUUUGUUCUCCGUUUGGAUAUCGGCAUUCCUCAUCGUGAAAUUUUUCCCAAGCAUGGUCACUCUGUUGGGCAUGUUCGGUUGUUUCUUUCUGCUGGGCACCUUCUGCGCGAUCAUUUUCGCGUUCGUUUUCACGCUCAUCCCGGAAACGAAGGGUCAACCGCGUCAGUUGAUCUUGGAUCGAUUGAACGGACUGUCCUCCUCCCACAACGAGAACCGAUACAUCACGUCGAGUAACAUCGUCGACAAAACUAUGCCGUUACCCGAGCAAAUUUGACGACUCGUGCUUAACAGUGGAUGAACAUUUUAGAACAAAAAAGUAACUAGCGUGUUCGAAUCGUUUCCCGCCUAAAAUGAUUUAGAAUGGAUUAGCGGGUGGACCAAUGGUUCUCACGCAGACCGAAAAGAAACUUCUCUUCGUUGUUGUUUUAUGUACCUUGUAUAUACACUCGUGCGCGUACACUAUUCUCGUCGUUGUAAGUUAAUUUAAGAAAAAACAACUCACGAUGGUUUUUUGAAUUUU